CGGCAGCUGGUUCACCCUCCACAAACCACCGCCCCCUCCACUCCUCCUCCUCUCUCUGCGUGUGUUUUAGCGAGUGUGUGCAGGAAGACGAAUCGGCGAUCAGGAGACAGCACCAAGGACGUCCUCUUUUCUAGCCCCUGGAGCCGGAGAUGCGAGGGACGAGCAGUUAUUAGCCCCGUGCUGCUGCAGGAUAAGUUCGCUGGUGCUGCAGCUCUGGUCUUUGAUCCUGCUUGGUGUCUGAGGAGGAUUUCAUCCAGCCGUCGGACAGAGAUUUGAACACAAAGGAUUCUACUUUUCUGUAGUAAUUGAAUGUAACAUCGAUCGGACAGGAAAGGAAUCUAAAGCCAUCAUCAUGAAUUUCGUUAUGAAACAAGCGCUGGGAGGGGCCACCAAAGACAUGGGUAAGAUGCUUGGUGGAGAGGAGGAGAAGGACCCUGAUGCUCAGAAAAAAGAGGAGGAGAGACAAGAAGCUUUGAGGCAACAAGAAGAGGAGAGGAAGGCCAAAUACGCAAAAAUGGAAGCAGAGAGAGAAAACAUCCGGCAGGGCAUCAGGGAUAAGUAUGGCAUCAAGAAGAAGGAGGAGAAGGAAGCCGAGGCAGCAGCAGCCAUGGAGCAGGCCUCCGAGGGCAGCCUCACCCGUCCCAAAAAGGCUGUUCCCACUGGCUGUGGUGAUGAAGAGGAAGAAGAGAGCAUCGUGGACACGGUCAUGAAAUUCAUACCGGCGCCUCUCAUGGAUAUGUUCAAUAAAAAGUAAUCACGAGGGAGUUUGGAUGAAACACGUUUAACUUCUUACAACGUUCUUUACAUUAAUGCUGUACCAACCUGCCCCACCCCAUCCUGAAUUCACACCUUCCCUCACACUCAUCCCAGACCGGUAAUCUAAGUGUCCUGGAAUUUCGCAGUGUGCCAUGAUUUUGUCUUUCAGCUAAACAAUCUGAUCUCAGAUGGUGAUUCAUGCUUUUUAAUAUCUUGAACAGACUGUCUGCUUCGAUGAUCUGUUGUCCUACUUUAAAAAGUGUGCAGCCCUCACACAGAUCUGAUGUAUUUUUACUUUAAUGUCAUAUGUUAAGAAAGUGCAUCAGUCAGAACAAGACCAGAUUUCACCCAUCAACCCCUUUUUUGUUUGUAAAAAGCCUCAGAGUUGUGAAAAAGAGAUAUAUAUGAGUGAAAUAGAACAUUUAACCUGAUGACUAAGAGUAAAAGCCAUAUUUUUACCUUUUACAAAAUUAUUCCAAACCAUAUCAAAUGUUCUUAGUGAUUUUUCCUUUCAUGUUCUUGUCAAUAUUUGAUACAUACAGUGUAUAUAAAUGAUACAUUAUUGGUUUUCUGUUGUGAGGAUUCACCCUGCAAAUUGUUCUUUGCGUUCUCAUUGACUCACAGUGAAUGUGUAAUACGACCAAGACAUUCAAAAUCUGUAAACCAGAAAGUGAAGGAAUUAAUUUGAAAUGAAACAUUUUUAAAUUGUUUACUUUGUAAGCAUGCAGUCAAUGGUUUUGAAGUAAUGUGCGUAUAUGGGUCCCAUUUCAUUUGAUGUGUGAACGCAGAAUACAUCGGUAUUUGAGGCAAUAAGUGGCUCUCUAUUUUUUUGUUUGAUUAACAUUUUAUUGGGAGAUAAUGACUAAAAUGUUCUUCCAUACACACGUGUGAGGUUUAAUAAUAUUCACAUUCUUUAAAACAUUUGUUAUGCUGGUAGGUAUCACUUUAGAAUUUGUAGAAGUCGAACCUGGCAGAUGAAUUUUUAAUUCAGUGUUAUCUUCAUUUUUCUAUUAUUUAAAAAGAAAUUCUAAACCUCACAAACACAACUAUGUUGUGAACACACUUGUGUGAACAGACAGUGACAAUAGUGCAAUAUAAUGUUGAAAAUGAAGUAGUCCUGUGUCUGUUGGUUUAACAAACGGGAGAAAAGCCCAAAAUCAGCAAUAACAGACAAUCUUCAUUGUUGUGUGUUUUUAAAGUUAUUCCUUGAUGUGUUUGUCCUUAAAGACGUGUCCACAUAAUGUAGUAAAACUUUUGUACGUCAGCCAUGUUUAACUUAAACAGUAAAAAGAGGGAAGGUGGGACAAUUUGUUUCGUGUCAUAAAAAUCAUUUAUAAAUUUACUGAAAAUUACUUUUUUUUAACAGACUGCCAUUAAGUUGGGCACAAGACAGGAGCGAAAGUAUGAGAAUCUUUGUUCGAAGUCCUGUAUGAAACCUUCAUGACCAAAACAUUUACUUUUGCUGCAGAUUCUGGCCUGGCAUGCAGGUAAAAUACUUCAAUGGCACAAAAAUCUUCAUGAUUUUUCUCCAUAUGCCUUAUAUUUUUAUUUCACUUCAUUCCCAGUGUCUCGUUAAACAUUCCAGAUGUUUCCAACAUUCCACCAGACUUGUGCUGGUAACAUACUGAUACUUACAAAAAAUAUUUACAAUAGGCCUCAGUUAAUACCUUCUUUGCCUUCAACUUCAAAUCAUCUCUGAAAAUGUUCAUGUAGCUUCUAAAAUUCAACUAAAUUUUGAGUUUGGUGACAAAACUUUAUCAAAUAUAGAGUGAUUUUGAAUUUCAUGUGCUCAUAAAAUCCCUCUUAAAUUAUAAGGGAUUAUGUGCUAUUAGAGUUGAUCGGUUUAGCUAAAUUUGUGUUAUUCUGUUGGAAAAUAUUUAUGUGACCAAUUUGUAGCUGCAACUUCAUAACUACUAGUUUUACCACCAAAUCAUAGUUUUAUGUGUCUAGGUCUAAACUAGCACCUAAUAACUUGUGUGUGCCAUUAGUGAGGUGUUCUGUUUUCAUUAUGUGUUCUGAAAGCUCUAUAAUCAAGCAGAAUAAAGCAUCAGAGGACAAAAUUGUAGUGAUGAUCAAUAGAAUUUAUUUAACCUUUUGUGAUUCCAGUAUAUUCAAAACUGCCUUUGCCAGCCACUUCCCCAACAGUGUGCUAGCAUAAAUUGAGCAAUCAGGCUAGCUAAGGUACUAUUUACCAUGUAUUUGUCAUUAGAGCAGUUAUUUAAUCAAGCCAAAGAUGGUGGUAGCAGAUUUUCAUUAAAGUUAACUGCUUUUCUGCUUGUAUAUUUUUUUGUUUUAAUUUUUUUAAUUCUCAGGUUCUCUAGUGCAAUGUUUAAACUGACUUUAACCGUACUAGCCUUUGCUAUGUGUACAAUUAGCAUCACAGCUACAUUAUCAGUGUCAUGCAGGCACUUUUAUAUUAAAAAAAAAAGAUAUUUCCCAAGAAUAUUUUAGAAAGCUACAGUUACUGCCCUUGUAAAUGAUGCCAACAACACCUUAGCUAACGUUCCCAAUGUUAACAGUGAAUAUUUUCCAAGCUGGUGUGCUCCGAAAUGUCAUCACCCUCUGCAUAUCAUUCACCUGCUGAAUAAAAGGAUACACUGUCAUCAAGUCAUUUCCAAUGUAUUGCACUUCUAUGGCAUUCAGAUCACUGCCCAAACAAACUGCCUGUGUUAAGGGUGAUAUUUUGUAGUCCAGAAAAGCUGUGUCAAAAAUCCACUUGUGUAACGUCACUUACUGUCCCUUAUUCACGGGUUUAAUGAACCGCCUGACAAACCUGGCUUUUAGAAAAAUAGCUAAUAUACUGAUGUGACGUGAAUGUAACUGUCUGACUUUUCUCUCUUCUUGCGUCUGUCUUUCUGUGUUCUGUAUGUGUUGAGGAGAUAUUCUGGUGCACUUUUCUUUUUCCUGUGUGUAGUUUGUCCUGUUUCUGUCCUCUGGUGGUUGGUAUUUUGAGAGAAAAAAAAGUUUCUUUGGUGCAUUAUUUAAUUCUGCUAAAUCUCCUCAGUGUUCUCCCCUCCUCUUUCUCUCUGUAUAUCCUUGUGUUCACAAAAAUGUAUGCAUGCUUACAGUGUGUGAUGUAGGCGAGGUUGUUGAUAUAAGCGUUUCGUGUCUCUGUGUUUCAAAGCUCCACCUGUUAGCCUCACUGCAUGCCAUUUUAGACAAAUAUUUAAAUCUGUAACUUUCCUGCAAAAAUGGAAUCACCGCACACUGAGAAUAAAGUGAUUUCAUAUGA